AUGGCUUCGCCCUCAGCCACAGACUCUCCAGAAGAGGAGAGCACCGAUGUCCCCGAGGUGACGCAAGCAGAGACGAGAGUGGCCGUGUCGCGACUCCGGGCUAAGAACACAGCGCCCGGACCCGACGGAGUUCCUGGUCGAGCUCUCGUCCUGGCUCUGAAGGAGCUAGAGCCCCAGCUGAGAGGGCUCUUCACGUCAUGUCUCGAGCAGGGUCAGUUUCCCAGUGUGUGGAAGGAGGGGAGGCUGGUCUUGCUCAGGAAGGAGGGGCGCCCCGCGGACUCACCGUCCGCGUACCGGCCCAUAGUGCUGCUCGACGAGGCGGGCAAACUUUUUGAGCGCAUCAUCGCAGAUCGCCUCGUCAGCCACUUGUGCAGAGAGGGGCCGGACCUGGAUGACAACCAGUUUGGUUUUCGUCGCGGGCGCUCCACCAUAGACGCUAUUACGCGCGUGAGGGCCCUGACGGAGGAGACAGUAUCCCGGGGUGGGGUGGUGCUGGCGGUGUCCUUAGACAUCUCCAACGCUUUCAACACCCUACCCUGA